AUGCAAACAAGCAGAGGAAGAAUGAAUACUGUGAUACUUCUUUUCUGCCUGACUUUAGCUACUAUUCCUCUCACUCAUUGUGAUGCAGAUAUGUCAAUAAGAAUAUGGAAAUCCCCUAAACACACAAGAAAUGUGAUCAACAAGAACUCAAAGAAGUUGAAAACAAUCAAACAUUUCGAUUUUAAUCCAUCUAUGUAUUCAUCAAAUGCACAGCCCUAUAGUAUCAACUCUCCAUUAUCUUUGCCUCCUUAUGAAUCACUAGGUCCAGAAAAUAGCACUCCAUAUUGUGUAUAUCCACCACCAAGUACUUCUACCACUAUUCCGACCCCCACUGGUUCUCAACCUACCCUACCAUCACCUCCUUACUCUUACACCUCACCUUAUCUUCCAGCCCCAACAGCCAUUACACCAAGCCCACCAGAAAAUCUUCCAACACCAACACCUGAAAUUGUUCCAAGCCCACCAGAAAAUUUUCCCACACCAACACCUGAGAUUGUUCCAAGUCCACUCAGUAACAUACCAGGCUCACCAGAGCCUGUAUUGAAUCCUCCCGUCAUUUUUCCAGGCCCGCCCGAGUCAUCGACGAGUCCACCUUAUUUUGAGCCUGCCCCGCCAUACUACGAGCCCACACCAACACCAUUUAUUCCUUCCCCUACUGGGGGCAGUGGCACCAUCCCAAGCCCGUCAGGUGCAUUUCCAUCUCCUAGUGGAGGCACUAUCCCAAGCCCAUCAGGUGCAUUUCCAUCUCCUAGUGGAGGCAGUGGAGGCACUAUCCCAAGCCCAUCAAGUACAUUUCCAUCUCCUAGUGGAGGCAGUGGAGGCACUAUCCCAAGCCCAACAGUAUUUCAGCCACCUGUAGUCUACCCACCUCCAAGUGUGCCGCCGCGAGCCAAAGCUGCCCCGCAGGCCGCAUUGUGGUGUGUGGCUAAGGCUUCAGUUCCCGACCCAAUCAUCGAAGAGGCGAUGAAUUAUGCUUGUUGGUCAGGAGCAGAUUGCACAUCGAUUCAGCCCAACGGACCUUGCUUUCAGCCCGACAGCGUAUUUGCACAUGCUUCAUAUGCCUUCAAUAGUUACUGGCAAAGGACUAAAGCUUCUGGUGGCACUUGUGAGUUUGGAGGGACAGCAGUAUUGGUUUCAGUUGACCCUAGCUUUGAUGGAUGCCACUUCAUCUACAACUGA